GCAGAAGGUUGUGCGAAUCUAUGUGAUUUUCCCGUGUAUAAAAGACCUAGGUUGGAAAAUGAGGAAAGUAUUACUUCUAAUGGUGAUUUAGAACACCACAGUUUACUCUCAGUAGAACAAGCUAAGUCUUGUACGAAUAUUGCAUCAUCUAACGCAGGUGCUGAAGAUUUCCAUGAGAAUGUUUGGGGGAGUGACUCUGGCUUUCAUGAUCUCACUCCCCCUAUAAAUGACGAUUACCAGGAACACAGCCCACUUGGAUAUUUCAUGAAUCAGGAAAAUCUUAGACAUUUAAAUGAAACUUCACUUUUGAAAGGAGAAGACAACCAACAAGAUACCCAAACUCUUAUUCCCCCAUUAGAUGGCAGCACUGUGCCUCAUGCCCAGCCUUCAAAGCAAGAAUGCAUGGAGGAAAGUCUAAAACACCAUAACAUAGAUGAUGAUGAUGAAGCGGAUGAAGUUGCUUCAACAGUUAGUAACUUAUCAGGCUUGUCUGACCUUUCAGGUCUCAGUGGUCAGGAGUGGAAAUCGGUUUCAGGGCCAGUUACUUGGGUUCAGCAGCAGAUAAUGCAAGGAGUUGACCCUCGAAUCAUCUUGGAAGAGCUUGUACCACAAAUCACGUUUAUUCCUCCAUAUUUAGAUCCCCUCACCAUGUGGAAAAUAAUCGUCAGUAUGCUGAAUGAACCUCCUCGUCGAACCAAACUACCCCAUGUUAACACCUUAGAUGAUGUAGUCCACCUUAUUCAAACUUCUCAAAAUAUAAUGGUUCUCACGGGAGCUGGGGUAUCAGUGUCAUGUGGAAUACCAGACUUUAGAUCUAGAAAUGGUAUUUAUGCUCGUCUCAGUAAAGAUUUUCCCGAACUUCCAGAUCCCCAGGCAAUGUUUGACAUCCAUUAUUUCAGGAAGGACCCAAGGCCAUUUUUCAAGUUUGCUAAGGAAAUAUAUCCUGGACAGUUCCAGCCUUCUCCAAGCCAUAGGUUUAUUCGAUUGAUUGAAGAACAUGGGAAGCUACUCAGAAAUUACACACAGAAUAUUGACACGUUAGAAUAUGCUGCAGGCAUUAAAAGAGCUAUUACAUGCCAUGGUUCUUUUGCUACAGCCACCUGUACGAAGUGUGAAUAUAAAGUGGAUUCCACAGUGAUAAAAGAAGACAUUUUUAAUCAGAGAAUACCCAGCUGUCCAAUGUGUCCCAAGGACAGUAAUGGCCUAGGAGUUAUGAAACCAGACAUAGUAUUUUUUGGAGAAGGGCUCUCGGAUGAGUUUCAUCAGACGAUGGCCAGAGACAAGAACCAGUGUGAUCUGCUUAUUGUGAUGGGUUCUUCUCUCAAAGUGAGGCCAGUAGCCCUCAUUCCAAGUUCCAUUCCCUCGGAAGUUCCACAGAUUCUGAUCAAUAGAGAACGUCUCAAGCAUUUGUCGUUUGAUGUAGAGCUUCUGGGAGACUGUGAUGUGAUUGUACAAGAGCUAUGUCGAAGACUUGGUGAUAGCUGGUCUGAGAUAGUAGAACAGGACACACCCAUGCAAGAGCUCACUGAUCUCCCAGAGUAUCAUCCAAAACAACAUCCACCCACAUCACCAGCACCAACAUGUAGUGAAAGCGUACCUCCAGAGUGUUCUUUGCAUUCCAGUGAAGAAGCUGAGGCCAGCUCAAAGGUGGGAGAAAACUCGGCUUCUAACAAACCUAACGGUUGGCUUGGUAGCUGUCAGCUGUGUAGCACGCAACCGUUUACGGAAGAGGAGAGCACGUGCAGUGAGUGUAACGAACUGUCCAACAUCCAUCUGGAAGACAGUCAGGAUGGUGCUCUACCAGGAUCUGAUACAUCCUACCAGUCAAACCUUGGUGAUAAAGAGUUGGAAGAUCUACAAGCAUAUUGGCAUUCAAAGCCCACCGAAUCAUUGUCUGCCAAACUACCAGAUCACAGCUUCUUGUUCAUAGCUCCAAGUCGUUAUAUAUUUCACGGAGCGGAAGAAUAUCUAGAAAACAGUAGUGAUGUGGAUAGUUGCCAAGACAACGAUCAGUUUUCCGAGUCAGACAGUGAGUCCUCGUCACAGUCGCCUCCUCACCGAGGAGGAGGACAGUGAGGAACCUUGCAGUGUAAACCCAUCACUUUUGAAAGGACCACAAGCAAAAAUCCAGUUAAUUUCACAGAAGAGCAGAACAUAAUAAUUGAAGGUGGAAAUUGUGGGUAAUUACUCAGUUUGUGAAUCCCACUGUAAAAACUCUAGAAAGGUUGUUUCAGUGUUUGUUUAUAUGCAUGUUAAUGUAUACAUACAGCUCAAAAACAAGGAUAAGAACUUCUGCUGCAUCUGGAAUGUAGUUUAAUUGGAUGAAAAUGUAUGUUAAAGUGAGAUCAGUUCCAGAUGAGUAAGCUUUGAUAAAUAAUUUGUUAGGAAGUAAAGCAUCAGAAGGUUUUUUUUUUCUCUUGUUGUAUGAUAAGAACAAUGACUUAUCAGCCUUUCUGACCAAAGUUUCUGUAAAUGAAUAAAGUGUGCAAUAUCCUGAAGACAAUCUGAUUUAUAACUUUAUUGAUUAUCUUUAAAAAAACGUGAUUGUUUUGUCAGUAGUUAUGUCCUUCACAAAACGUAUAAGGAACUCAAUGCAAUAGUAGUAAUUUCUAUGUUGUCCAGGAAAGUGUUUUUUGUUAUUUUUCAAAUGUGCUGUGCGAUUAAUAGAUUAGUUUAUUGUGUUUACUAAAAAUAAUAUUUUGAGUAAGUGUUGUGUUCGAAGGGUUGCAUGUUUUUUCUUUUUUUUUUUUUUUUUUUUUUUUUUUUUUUGUUCUCUCCUUUUAUCUCGGUGAAAACUGAAUCCUCGUGGAUCCAAGUUCAGCUGCUUUCUUAUUUAAACUAAUUUAUGAAUCAGUUUAGAUAUCAGGUCUCCAAUGACAAUACACUUCUUAAAUUUUUAGGCAGUUUUACUUCUUCACAGAAAAAAAAAAGUCCAGAACUAUUUGAUUUACAAAACAAACAAAAAAGUCAAGAACUAUUUGAUUUACCAAAAAAAAAAUUCCAGAACUAUUUGAUUUACAAAACAAACAAAAAAAUCAAGAACUAUUUGAUUUACAAAACAAACAAAAAAGCAGAAUUUCCUAAUCUUCUUGAAGGCUACGAUUUUUUUCCAACGAGAAACUUAUAAUUAACCCUCUGACAAUAGUAUACCAAAUGUCAUGACGACUCUGAAACCUUGUUUAAAAAGAUAAACUCUAACUAAACAUCUAAUUGAUGUAACAUAACAUAGAACUUUUAGUAUAAUAACAUAAGUUCUCAUUUAUUUUGUAUUAGCUAUGUCUCUCUCCAGUGGUUAGGUUUGUGCAUGCCUCAGUGAUAAUGUUAAAUUGUUGGUAGAGAGAGAGAGAGAGACAGGUAACAACAUAAGUUCUCAUUUAUUUUGUAUUAGCUAUGUCUCUCUCCAGUAGUUAGGUUUGUGCAUGCCUCAGUGAUAAUGAUAAAAUGUUUGUAGAGAGAGAGAGACAGGUAACAACAUAAGUUCUCAUUUACUUUGUAUUAGCUAUGUCUCUCUCCAGUGGUUAGGUUUGUGCAUGCCUCAGUGAUAAUGAUAAAAUGUUUGUAGAGAGAGACAGGUCAUAAUACUAUAAAAAGAAAGAUGUGAUCAGGUUUAAGAUAAUUCUUUUAAAAUAAUUAUAUGUCCUCCGGUUUAAGAUUUUUUUUUUUUUGUGAUUAAAAUUUUUUGCUGACUAAAAAUUUACAUCGUUAUGUUUUCUUUUCCUUUUUCAGGCAUUAGUAGGUUAAGUAUCUACUUCAUUUGGAAGUGAUCUUUUAUUGGUGUCUUGUUAAGUUAGCAGUUAUUAAGAUUUUAUUGAUGUAUUACUUUCCUCUUUUGAUAGUGAGAUGAAACUUGUACCACGUUAUAAGAGAAAAGCUAAAUGAGUAGGUAACCACAGUGUGUUCAUUGUAGUAUUUAUGUACAUUCAUUAUAUGAUCUUUUUCUUACUUGUUGCAUUAGAGUGUCGUAGUAAACAAUAAAAAUACAAACUUGUACAUAAUUUUUAUAUCAUUCCCAGCUUAAUGAGGAGGUAAGACUAUUUUCUAAGUGUUGAAGAAAAAAAGUAUGAUUACAAUUUUUGAAAUGAACAUAAAUUGUGAUUACGUUUUAAUUUUUUAAUGGGGAUUAGUUGGCUUCUGUUGUUAGAUAUCUUUUUUUAAGGGUUAAAUAAAAAUAUUUUGUUGUAAGUAUUCAUGUAAAAUUGAUUGUGUUUAAAGUCGUUUUUAAUCCAAUCGGUCCACCAGAUGGUGGAUUAACUUAAGUGAUAAACAAGGAAAAGAGAUUAUGUGCUGUUAAGUAAACAGAAAAUUUGGAAUUGUGUGCCGCAAGCUGCACGCAGAAGUGGAAUUCUACAUAUUGAACAUAAAGGUUAAUUUACUCAUGCAUACUGAGCGUAGAAGUGUUUUAUUGUAUUCUCCAUACUGAGCAUUACGGUAAGAGUUUUUUAGUUAUGUUCUGUGUACCGAACAUAAAGAUGGUGUCAUUUUCUGUGUGUAGAAUAUAAAGAUAGGAUUGUAAUAUGAAAGUGGGGUUUAUUCUCUCCAUUGAACGUGAUGGGGACUAUGUUUUGAGUGACUACCAAAAGGAUAUAAUUAUGUUCUGUGCACUAAACACAAAAUGGGACUCUGUGUUGUGUAUACUUAACAUGGUGGAGGGAUUACGUUUGUGUAUUGAACAAAAAUGUGGGGUUCCGAGCAGUGAACGUAAAGUUGGGAUUUUGGUCUAUGUACUAGGCAACUAGGUGAGAUUAUAAUCUGUAUAUUGAACUAGAUAGAACAUGAGAUUAUGUGUGCGUUAUUUCUCUUGAACAAGAAAAAUGCUGUUCUUCAUAUUAAGUUAUUAGCACCGAACAGGAAUAUGUGAUAUAUCCAAGCACAAGUUACGAACAGGAAAGAGGAAUUAUUUUCAGAACAAAAUAACGUGAGAAGUCACAUUGUGGUUUUUACACGGUAGAACAAUUCUUUGAAUAAAUGUACACCAAACAAAAAUAACUUAUAUUAAAAAGAACAAUUUCAUGAGUUUUUUUUAAUUUACCGUUAAUUAAAGUCAUCAGUGUAGCUUAAAUAAGGCUCCGGGAACUUCAUAUGUAAAUAAAUAGUUGUCAUGGAGUAACUUCCCGUGUUCCAUGUGUGCUAACAAGCCUCGGAGAAUAUUUAAAUAAGUUACAAUGUUUACUACUUCUCCAGAUGAGUUAGAUAUUAGAAAUUUCUCAACAACUAGCAAUUGACAAAUACGAAGUUGGUGCGAUGAAUCCUAUUGACACCCAAGUUGAAGCGACCAAUUUUUAAGGAAGAAACAAAAGUGUCAGUAAAUUAAAUUGUAUAUAGGUCCAUAAAUCCCUGAAAGUUCUUAUUAAUAGAAGUAUAAGGUGUAAUAAUAAUAAUAUAAUAAGAGGCCAACUCAUGAUUUAAGCAAGACCACUUGCUGAAGAUAACCUAGAUUGGGUUAGGUAAUUUUUUUCAAGUUUCUUUUUUUUUUUGUAAGAAAUACAAAAUUUUUAUUACUAAGCAUUUGAGUAUUUGACUAAAUUCUUCUUAGUUUCAUUGACUUAACUCAUUAUUUAUUUACGCAUUUUGCAAUUUAAUUCUUUUCUUUUUUUUUAAUUUUUGUUCAAUCAUAAAAUUGUUCAUAGAGUUUAUAUUGAAUUUUAUGUAAAAAAAAUUAUAUAUAUAUGCCUGUAAUUGUUCAAAGUACUAAUAAAGUUUUUCGUCUUAGGUGAUUGUGAGCUAGAUAAGAUGUUUGUAGUACAAAAAUCAAAGUAUUAACUUUACCCAGUGGAAGAAAAUGUUUCGUGAAAACUUUAAAAAAAAACUAUUAUUCUUGUAAAUCUGCAUAUGUUUUGUAAUUUGUCAUGCAAAAGGUAUUACAAGAAAGAUAUCUCGUGUAUCAACGGAACUUUACAACUGAGUUUCACACAUUUAGUUUAUGGUAUAGGAGAUUUAAAACCAAAUGAUUGUGUUGUAUGACGGAAGUUUUAUGGAAAUAAAUCUCGGCAACAGCGUUAUUAACUACACUGUUAUCUUGGAAACUUUUCUUUUGCGAGGAAUUUUUUUUGUUUUUUUUAAUAAUCGAUAUAUAUCGGAUACGAUGAGAGGCAGAAUAAAGUGAAUGAGGAAGUAUUAUUGUAGUUUUUAUCUUUUUUUUUUUUAGCUAACUCGGUAGAAAAACCAUUAUUUACUUUUUUGUAUGAAUAUUAUUAGUGUUUAUAGGUGAAAAAAAAAUUUGAAAAGUACAAAUUAGUUGAUUCUCAAACUCAGUGUUUUAGUUUAUGUACUAUUCUUUGGCAUGUUGUGUACAAUACAAUACAGAGUAUUUUAAGUAUUUACAGCAGAAUGUAAGUGUAUGUAAAUUCUUGUAAUGUGAGUUUGAAUGUAUUCUAGUGUUAGAGUAGAUUCUCAAACCCAUGGAACCAGUAGACUUUGUAUAUAAAAAUAGUUCAGGCAUCUCCA